AUGACCGAAAUGUCAACUGAAUGGGAAUCGGAGUCAGAGAUCAAGAAACCCGUAAAGGAUGUGCCGGUAGUUCAAGAUCAAGGUCUUUUCAAACACGAUACUGGUGAUACUUACGACGGAUACUUUGAAGCGAAAAAGAAAGAUCGAAGUGUUAAGAUGCAUGGACCAGGAGUGUACAUUACGGCUGAAGGGGACAGCUACAAGGGCGUUUGGGAGAACGAUCGCCUAGGAGCAAACGAUGAAGUAACUAUACAUUUUUCUGAUGACGCAAGAUACGAAGGUCAAUUGAAAGAUUGGAGUUUCUGGGGUCCUGGAAAGUAUUACUAUCCGGAUGGAAGUGUUGUUCGUUGUGAUUUUAACGACAACUGUCCAGUUGGGAAUAUGGUAUUAAGUGAUCCAAACGGACAUGUCUGGCUUGGGAAAGCGGAGCUAGGCUGUGGAUGGUUCGGGCCAGUGAAUCAUUUUUAUGAGAUGUUGGAGAAAACACGGGACGUGUCUCGUAAGCACGUUCCAAAGAUGAAAGAGGAUUCCGUUAAAGCCCAGUUGCAGAAACCUAUAAAAGCUGAACAAUAAUGAUUUUAAUAGUAUCUACAGAUAUU